AUGCGCCGAUUAUUAGACACACUUCGAGGACGGAAGCAGCGACGCAAUGACCAGGAAACCGACGUCUCUCAGCGACCACCACCAUCUCUACCUUUUCUUCCUGCUCAACGGUCGCGGCCUAUCACGCCCACCACAAUAAGUGCCGACAACGACGUCGCUGCGCUUGGAAACUUCGCCCGCCUAUCACCGGAGCUGCGCCGGCGCGUUCUCAUCGCCGCCUUCGGCGAGCGCACGCUCCAUGUGGACCUCCGGCUCGCCCCACGCGGUCAAAGGGUGAACAUGUCCGAGUUCUCCUCGGCCCCAUACGAGCACGGCCGAGGCACGGCGCCUCUCAGCUAUUGUCGCACCGUCAUCCCCAUUGAGACGACAACGACAACGACACGUGUGAAGACUGCCAAGUCUACGGGUUCGAAGGCCAAGACGGGGCCGGAGUGGGAGUGGGAGUGGCGCUGGUACGGCUGCGUAUGCCACCGCCUUCUUCCCCGCGGGUCGGCGAUAGAGCGCCGUUUCAUAGCUCGCGGCACUUCUCCGUAUAUGUGGCCGCAUCGCGAAGCCUGCCUCCGUGGAGAGGCUAUGAUGUGCCAGCUUUGGUCAUCAGGGCCCGAUAUCAACGGUACGCAGGCCCCGGAGACCGGGUGCGACGCUUCCGUUGGCGCCAUGGGCUGGCUUCGCGCGUGCCGACAAGCCUACGUCGAGGGUGCCGAAGUGCUCUACGCGACCAACACGUUUGUUCUCGAGAGCUGGGACCUUAUAAACGCCUUCUUCAAUCCUACUCCUGGCACCGACCGGCACCUGCUCCUCCCACACCAUUUGGCUAUGAUACGGUCGCUCGAGCUGCGAUGGGAUGUGGUUCUCUUUGGGGACACGGCGCUGCCGCCCCUUUCACACCCUAGCGAGAAGGACAAGAUGCGAUGUCUCCCAAACCUGACUCGUCUGAUGGUCACGUUCCCAAAACUGCGCUCCCUCGUCAUCUCCUUCUCGGACCGUCUGUACAACUACCCGAGCGUGCGUCCGGCCGCUCGCCUGCCUGAGAUCGAGCGUUUGCUUCUACAACCGCUUGCGCUCACCUUCAGGCACCUUGCGCCGCAGCAGGAGAAGCCUGCUGUGGUCGAGCUACCGUCCAACGUGUUCGACGACCUGAAAGGUCUGGGCCUCGAGGAAGAACAGCGUGGAGAGGAAUGGGGUGACGGCAAGGGCAGUUGGCUUCGGUAUCCCAUCGACGACUCGGUCUACUUCUACAUCAAGCAAGGCGACGAAAGCGACCUCUACUGGGACCAUGACGGCAAUCCGCGGUGGGUGUCUAGCGCCGUCAACCACACGGAUCCUCGUCUCACUCACGUUAUGUGA